CGAACCUUAUUAGGUAUUGACAUAAACAGGCUUGCUUGUUGAAGCUCUACCCAAGUGAAUCCAAUACUUGUUUUUCAGUCCAAUUGUGUCAAUCAAAGCACACAAUUAACUAACAAUAUGCCUCCCGGACGCCCCGCCCGACAACGCGUCGUUUCCAACGAGAAUGAUGAGAAUAGUUCCACGCGUAUGACGCGUGCGAAGGCCGCUGCCCUUGAUGUCGAUGUCACGACCCAGGCUACAAAGCAACCCUUGCAGUCCAAGAAGUCCGCAGUCAAUGCGAACCCCGCCGCCCAGCGAAAGCGCGCCGCCUUGGGCGAUGUCAGUAAUGUUGGAAAGGGAGAAGCUGUAGAGGGCAAGAAGCCCGCCGCCAGUAAGGUUGGCCUCGUCUCCAAGGCCGCCCAGCCUACCGGUGUUCAGAAAGCGCAGACUCGUGCCGCAUCAAGCCGGCCCGCCCUCGCUACCAAGGAGACUAAAAAGAUAGAAGUAAAGCGCGCAGGCUCCGGUUCUGGUGUCAUGGGUGCAUCUCACAAGCGAAAGGUCACCUCCACCAGCCUGAAGCAAGGCAUUCUUGCCGAGGACGAGCCUGUUCGCAAGAAGGUUCAUACUACUGCCGAAACUGAAUCAAAAAAGCAGGACCGCCUCGAGUCGCAGUCCAACAAGUUAGCCGCAGCCACCGAGAAGGCAUCUCUUAAAGAGCAGGAGCUUAAGCAGGAAAUCAAGCAGUCAGAAGGAGAGGUGGAGCUACCUGAAGGUGUCAAGAGCUUGGAAGAAGAUGGAAUUGAUGACCCUUUGAUGGCUGCCGAGUACGCUACCGAGAUUUUCGAGUACCUCCGCGAUCUUGAGGUCAAGGCCAUCCCCAAUCCUCAAUACAUCAUACACCAGGACGAGCUAGAGUGGAAGACGCGAAGUAUCCUUGUCGACUGGAUGAUCGAGGUUCACACACGAUUCCACCUUCUCCCGGAAACUCUAUUUCUUGCUGUCAACAUCAUCGAUCGCUUCCUAUCUCAGAAGGUUGUUCAGCUCGACCGCGUUCAGCUUGUUGGCAUCACUGCCAUGUUCAUCGCUGCCAAGUACGAGGAGGUCAUGUCACCACACGUUUCGAACUAUAGAUUGGUUUCGGAUGAUGGGUUUAGUGACGCGGAGAUCCUUAGUGCAGAGCGCUUCAUCCUUGAGACAUUGAACUAUGACCUCAGCUAUCCUAACCCAAUGAACUUUCUUCGACGUAUCUCGAAAGCGGACGACUAUGAUAUCCAAUCCCGUACGAUUGGAAAGUUCUUGAUGGAAAUUAGCAUUGUCGACUACCGAUUCCUGGCGUACCGACCUAGCCAUGUUGCUGCCGGUGCCAUGUACCUUGCUCGCAUGAUCCUUGACCGAGGUGAAUGGGAUCCUACUAUUGCUUACUAUGCUGGAUAUACGGAAGAAGAGAUUGAGCCCGUGUUUGAGCUCAUGGUCGACUACCUAGCACGUCCCAUAUGCCAUGAGGCCUUCUACAAGAAGUAUGCUAGCAAGAAAUUUAUGAAAGCAUCUCUCAUUACCCGCCAAUGGGCUAAGAAGAACGCACCUAUUUUUGGGAUUACGGAUACGAAGCUAUCAGUAGAUCAGAUCUCGGCACUAGAGUAUUGAUUUCGCCGAAAGGCAUACACAGACUCUUACAUGACAAACCGUAACGAUAUCCUUACAUUGUAAACCUUGUUCAGUGUCUGGAUACUCUAGAUCCCUGUUUGGAUGAUGGCCUUACGAUAACUUCUAUGAUGAUCGCGGCCUAUGACUCUCAUAUUUUAUUGUGCCUGGAUCCUGCCGUCUAAGCUCACGCUCCACGACAUGGUCAAGAUCUCUCGCUGAUGCUGAUGGUCUAUGGAAUA